CGCCACCUACAGCCCAGGAGGUUGGGCGUCAUGGCGGCUUCAUGCCCACUCCCGGACACCCCAGACCUGCCCACGCUGCGUGCCAAAUUACAGGGGCUCCUGCAGUUCUUAAGGGAGGCCCUGCCGAUUUCCAGUGCGCAUACGGUAGACUUCUACACGGAAUCUAUGUGGGACCAGCUAAUCGACUUGUCCCCGGAGACAGUGCUGGCUACGCUACGGAGGACCACAGCGGAGGUUCGGCCCUCCGAGGCGCGCCCCCUCGUGGAGGCGGAGAGGGAAUCAGGUAUUUCUGAUUUCUGCAAAAUAUUUUGUGAAACCUCCCAGAAGCUGGUGAAUGUGGAAGUGUUUGCUCUGGCUGCACAAUAUUAUUCUCUACAAAACUUGGGAAUAUGUACUCCCUUUGAACAGUUGCUUACAGUUCUUCAAAGAAAGCAAAACCAGAGAAUUGGUGAAGAUGUGAAGCCAGAACACUUUAUGAAUAUGAAAAAGUCCCAUGAAGUUCAUAUAAUGUCAGAGCUGAUCAACAGUAUCGCUGAUUUUUGUGGAGUUCAGCAGGUAAUUGACCUGGGUUCUGGUAAAGGCUAUUUGAGCUCCUUUCUGUCCUUGAAGUACGGCUUCAGCGUUUAUGGAAUCGAUUCCUCAGACGUCAAUACUCGUGGAGCGAAGGAGAGAAAUAGGAAAUUGACAAGACAGUGGAGACUUUAUCACACUAGAUCAAGAUCAGAUGUCAGUGGACUGGCAUUUAAAAUGACAAAAGAAAGGAAAGUGCAAAAUGAAAUUGAACAUAAAGCAAAUAUUGAAGAAGAAUACAACAAAAAUGCCCUAAAUCAAGAAGAGAUGUCUCCCCCGGGAAUUUUACCAGAUUUUUCAGACCCUGUAAUUUCUAAAAUCAAAAAGCAAAUGGCAAACCCACAUGCCCAGCAACCACAAGAAGAAAAUUUGUGUUUUGAAAAUGUCUUUCCUUUUAUAGAUGUUUUGCCUAUUGAGCCAGUGGAACCUACUUCUUCGUCUGGAAUAGCCAACAGAGGGAUUUCUGAUGCAAAGAAAGAAAGAAGAAAAGCAAGUUCAAAGUCAAGCGAAUCAAAUAUAUAUUCACCUUUAACCUCUUUUAUCACUGCUGAUUCAGAACUAUGCGACAUCAUUAACGAUCUGGAGGAUUGUUUGAUGGUUGGCUUACAUACUUGUGGUGAUCUUGCUGCAAACACUCUGCGCAUAUUUACUUCCAAGAACGAAAUCAAGGGAGUCUGCAGUGUGGGGUGUUGCUAUCAUCUCUUAUCUGAAGAGUUUGAAAAGCAGCUUAGAGAAUGUACUCAAGAAAAGUGGGGGUUUCCAAUGUGCCAGUAUCUGAAGGAGGAGCGCUGGUGCUGUGGUCGUAAUGCCAGAAUGUCAGCAUGUUUGGCUUUGGAGCGAGUUGCAGUUGGCCACGGGCUGCCUACUGAAUCACUCUUCUAUCGUGCUGUUCUUCAGGAUAUUAUUAAAGAUUGUUUUGGUAUCACCAAAUGUGAUCAGCAUGUUGGUAAAAUUUAUUCCAAAUCUUCUUCCUUUCUGGAUUAUGUCAGAAAAUUUCUAGCAAAGCUUGGAUUAGAUGAGCACAAGGUGUCAGAAAAAAUUAUAAUGGACUACUAUGAGAAGUACAAACUUAGAGUGAGUGAACUGGAAGCUUUUAAUAUGUUGAAAGUUGUUUUGGCGCCUUGUAUCGAAACAUUGAUUCUUCUAGAUCGACUCUGCUACCUAAAAGAGCAGGAAGACAUUGCGUGGUGCUCACUGGUGAAGUUGUUUGAUCCGGUGACAUCUCCCAGAUGUUAUGCAAUCAUUGCACUCAAGAAGCAGCAGUGAUUCAAGUUGAAGCAAGGCAUUCCCUACUAAUGGGUAGAACCCGAUUUUCUACAUAUUAUGCCAUGAUAUGUAAAUAUUGUAAUCAUUGCAUUUUUUAAAUAAAAUAAUAGCUAGAAAGAUAAUGCCAAUUCAUUUUUGCAUUGAAAAGCACAUGUUAAUAAAAGAGAAAGUAGUCACA